AAACACAGGAGGUAGAAAGCCCCUCUCAUCAGAACACGUCUCCCCGCUCACGGUGGGCGCAUUAUGCUCCUCCAACAUCUGCGUGCCAUUUGUGUGUUUCCUUACAGAUGCUCAGCAUAGCAGCUCAUCAGAGGGGUCUGUUCAGCCCGGCUGACGUCACCCCCCCUCCCAGCCUCUGUAAUCGAAAGAGACGUUAAUCCCAAGCCUGGCAGAGGGGUGAUUCAUUGAGUGAUCUCCGCACCGCUGUCCAAACCCAAGGCAAAACGGACACACAUCCUCUCGGGACACCUGAGGGGUUCCGGAACCGAUCCCUCCUACAAUCCAGGAUUCGCCCUGGAGGCCAAAAGCCUGUCUGAGGGCUCUGCAGAGGGGGGAGGCUGUGGGAGCUGCCAACCCCCUCCUGCACCCCCCAUACUAUCCCCGGUGCUCAUCGUGGAGGAACCGUCAGGAUUCACCACCGUGGAGCUGUGCCAACAUGGAGGGGAGGUCUGCCUGACUACCAGUGAGGGAUUCAUGGAGGAGCUGAGCGGAGAUCCAAACUGUGAAGACCUGCAGAGAAAGGACCAGAGAUUACCGUUCCAGAUCUUCCCUGACCCUGUGGAGCUGGUUCCUGGCCCGGAGACCACCCUAAACCACCUGGACCAUGACCGCGCCAAGGAGCGCCUGCCCUCCAUCGUGGUGGAGCCGACGGAUCUCAGCGAGGUGGAGAGCGGCGAGCUGCGAUGGCCUCCGGAGAACCCCGACAUGGACGAGGACGAGGAGGACCUGUUCCUGGAGCAGUGCAUCCCCCCCGCCAACAUCGCAGACUGGGGAGAGGAGGAGGAAGAGGAGACGUCAGUUAUCCUGAACCAGCAGCAAGGCUUGACACUCAUCGACCUCCAGUCGGAUGCAUUUAGAGAUGACACCCCCACUCUUCCCCCCAGCAGCGCUCCGGCCCUCAACUGACUUCACCUCAGAGAAGCUGGACCUGCAGUGAGGAAACAUCCUGAUGUUCAGUCUGAGCAACAACUGUGACGAAACACAGCGAGAGGGACUUUAACAGCGUCAUAAAACCAGAACUAAAAAGCCAACGAGGAAAACCCCCAGUAUUUAAAAAGAUGUAUGGAUGUCUAACCCUGAUUAACAGCUACACGCCUAUUCUGACGUCCAUGUGGAACUGUAUAUCAAUGCUAACAGGACUCGCUCUAUGUACAGACAUGCCUGUCCACUUUUUUAGACAGACAGAAGUCAACAAGGUGUCUUUUUUGCUAACCCAGUUUCAUUUCCUGUGGUAUUUCCUACAUUUUUAAAGGGCUACCUGACGUCUUAGGGCUAAAAGAGCACAUCCUGUUAUGGCAAGACAUCGUAUGUCAUUUGUUCUAUUUUAUAAUCACGUCUUCUCUUUAGCCCGUCCUCUAUCACAUCUUUCCCACAGGUGAUUUGUAAAGGUGUUUAUUUGGUUCUAGCUUCAGUUGGGUUGGGAUCCACUUUGAUUUUUGCUGUGGAGCAAUUAAAGAUGAGAUUGCCGGUUUCUAUACAGGAAACCAUUACUUCUAGUGGGAUGUAUCAUCAUGCAUUAUGGGAGCGGCUGUUACUGACUCAUUCCACAGCGUUACAACAAUCACUGGAGGGUUUUUUUCUUGUGGAAAUUCCAUUAUUAAGCAAAAGCUAAAGCAGGCAGCUCUGGUUGCUUUCAGAACAGCAGUUGUAGACACCAUUGAGAAUUGUAGUUUUGUAACAAAUACCUUGUAUAUAUGGAAAAGUGGUUGUGUGUGUGUUACCGUAAAAUGGUUAUUAUGAAUUUGACAAUAAAGUAUAUUGUCCCA